AUGGACGAAAACAGCCCUCUGUCUCCCAAGGCAAAUGCUUUCAGUAUCGCCUCUCUGAUUUCAGUCGCCGCCGCCGCCGAGCGAGCAGGGAAGGGAGCGCUGGAGGAGCGCCGCGGUGGCCGCAGCGCGCCCGCCGGCCCCGCCAGCCGCCCGCCGAAGAUGCACUUCAGCACCGUCACCAGGGACAUGGAAGCUAUCUCCAGCCCCUGGCUCACCCAGCUGUCCCAUUUUUGCGAUGUUGCAGCUUUCACGGCCAACAGCUUGAGCAGCCUGAACGCCUCCGGGGGGUACCACCUCUCCCCCUCCCCGGGGGACCCGUACGGACAGCAUGAGCCGCCGCACUACGAGCCCUGCACGGCUCAGCAGCACCCGCACCCGCCGCCCCAGCCCCAGCACGGCUACCCCUUCGGCGGGGCGGCGGCGGCCGGGGCCAACCCGCCGCCCCCCGGCCCCGAACCGCCCGAGGGCGCCGGGGGAGCCGCCGCGGGACCCGCCGCCGUCUCGGGCUGCUCCGCGGGGGCGGCCGCCGCGGCUAAGGCGCCGGUGAAGAAGAACCCCAAGGUGGCCAACGUGAGCGUCCAGCUGGAGAUGAAGGCGCUGUGGGACGAGUUCAACCAGCUGGGCACCGAGAUGAUCGUCACCAAGGCCGGCAGGCGCAUGUUCCCCACCUUCCAGGUGAAGAUAUUUGGCAUGGACCCCAUGGCUGACUACAUGCUCCUCAUGGAUUUUGUCCCCGUGGAUGACAAGCGAUACCGGUACGCGUUCCACAGCUCCUCCUGGCUGGUGGCCGGCAAAGCCGACCCCGCCACCCCCGGCAGGGUGCACUACCACCCGGACUCCCCGGCCAAAGGGGCGCAGUGGAUGAAGCAGAUCGUUUCCUUCGAUAAGCUCAAACUGACCAACAACUUGCUGGACGACAACGGGCAUAUCAUUUUGAACUCCAUGCACAGAUACCAGCCGCGUUUUCACGUGGUCUACGUGGACCCCCGGAAAGACAGCGAGAAAUACGCGGAGGAGAACUUCAAAACCUUCGUCUUCGAGGAGACGCGCUUCACGGCCGUGACCGCCUACCAGAACCACCGGAUCACGCAGCUGAAGAUCGCCAGCAACCCUUUUGCCAAGGGAUUCAGAGACUGCGACCCUGAGGACUGGCCCAGGAAUCACAGACCGGGGGCCCUUCCUCUCAUGAGUGCUUUUGCCAGAUCACGGAACCCAGUGUCCUCUCCUGCGCACCAAAAUGGCACAGAGAAAGACGCAGCCGACGCCCGCCGCGACUACGAGCGGGAGGCGGCCGCCGGGGCCCCGCUGCACGCCGAGGCCGCGCACCAGCAGCUCCUGGCGCGGGUGCUGAGCCCGGCGCUGCCCGGCGGAGGAGCAGCGGGAGGAGGCGGCGGCGGCGGCAGCCUGGUGCCCCUGGGGGGCGGCGGCGGGCGGCCCAGCCCGCCCCACCACGACGUGCGCCUGGAGCCCGGCGAGGCGCUGCAGCAGCACCCCUACAAGUACCCGCCGGCCGCCUACGAGCACUACCUGGGGGCCAAGAGCCGGCCCGCCCCCUACCCGCUGCCCGCCAUCCGCGGCCACGGCUACCCGCACCCGCACCACCCGCACCACCACCACCACCACCCCGUCAGCGCCGCCAACGUGUACCCGCCGCCCGCCGGCCCCGCCGCAUACGACUACGGGCCCCGGUAA